CCUUUUGUUAUAACACGGUGUUAACUGCUAAGUGCUAACCGCAGAAACAACGUUCAAUGGUCGAAGGAAGUGGAAUGGACUCUUCAACACCAGCAACCGGUGGCCGCCCAAAUCCACUACUAUCAGUCUCCACGUUUAUGCACCGCCUCGGCGCUGAACUCACCACCCGCCUUGACGAAAGCCGCCGACUCGCCGGAAAUUUCAUCUCCACUCUAUCUCCAGCGUCACCUCGUGGCCGCACUACCACUCCUGUUUCUCUCUCCUUGCCUUUCGCCUCCGUUGGACAGGCUAAGCCGUUGCAAGACGUCGCUUUGAGCACCGACCAUGUGGCGAAAAGCCUCGUCGGCACCUCCGUUUUUACAGUUAGCAAUACGAACAAUGAAUUUGUGUUGAUUUCCGACCCUAAUAAUGGCGCUAAGUCUAUUGGUUUGCUUUGCUUUCGCAAAGAGGAUGCCGAGGCUUUUCUUGCUCAGGUUCAGUUGAGGAGGAGGGAGCUGCGGAGUCAGGCUAAGAUUGUUCCAAUUAGCCUAGACCAGGUGUACAUGUUAAAGGUUGAAGGAAUUGCAUUCCGAUUCUUGCCUGAUCCGGUCCAAAUAAAGAACGCACUAGAUUUGAAAGCAUCGGAGACUAAAAGUGGGUUUGACGGUGUUCCUGUGUUUCAGUCAGAUCUUCUGGUUGUGAAGAAGAAAAAUAAGCGGUACUGCCCUAUUUAUUUUCGAAAGGAAGAUAUAGAGAAAGAACUGUCUCAGAGGGCAUCGCGAGGGCGGGGACCUUCUCAGAACAUAGUGGUUGGGAGUUUGGAAGACGUUUUGAAGAAAAUGGAGAUAAACGAGAAGAAUUCUGGCUGGGGCGAUUUUAUUUUUAUUCCACCUGGUAAAAGCCAUCUACAACAUAUUCAAGAGGUGGCAAAAUAGCUUGAUGGUGUGCAUUUCUUCUGCCUGUAAUUCUUGAUUGAGAAGCAGAGAACGUACUGUGCAGCAUUGAAGAAUGAAGACUCGAGGUCUCUUCUUCAUCUCUUUAAAGUUUAAACCCCACCCUAAAAAAAAACACCAUUUUCUUUUCGGUUUCUGCUUUGAAUGCUAUUGUUCUAUCAAGUUUGCAAGCUGCGAUUUAAAAGAAUGAUAUCAGUUUUCAUGAAGCAGGUUUAUCAAAUGGCAGAAAAUGGUGUCUGCAUUUAUCGCGGAGGAUUUACACUUUAUCUGCAAUAGUUUAGUCAUAGUUGUCAUCCCAUUCUUAAGUAAGGUAGAUUUUGUUGAUGGAAGAGAGUGGUGCACGUUUGACUGAAUUAGAUGGGUCUUCUUUGCUUGUUAUUAACCUAUAUGUGCUUACAUUCGGGCACUUGUUCAUCAUAAUGAUGUUUAAUUUUCGUGUUA